AUUUUAUUGAUUUUUCACUCGCGAAAGACGUCAAAAAGGUAAAACAGACCACAAAUUUAGUUCCUCGUUUUUUCUGCAGGGCGCAGUUCAUUCGUUUAGUACGCUCGACAGUGCAAUCAUUCGCAGCUCGUGUAAGUGAUUAAAUUGUGUAUUAGGUAUCAAAAAUAUAAGAAACAGAAGACAAAGUUGAAAAGAAGACCGGAAUCAUGACUUCUGGCAUCAUUUCCAUAUUGUCUUCAGAAAUGCUUUCAAAGCAAUUCGAAGUUUCUACCAAUGCCUGUGAUUGGUCGUUCCAUCAUGGCGUCCUCCUAUUUCGACCAAUGAGAUUCAUCGUUGAAGGGUGUGAUGCGCGGAGUGUGAUGGACUGCAACAGCAACAGCCUCUUCGAAGCUUCGUCCGUUUGGCACGUGUCUGCAACAGGGACGUCCGUGCUGCUUCACCCUGGGGGUGUGUGUUUGCUCUCCAUCUCCCCGGAGGACGCGUCGACGAAACGGAGACAGAGGAUAAGCGAGAUCAUAAACGGCACAGGAGAGAGAGAGACGAGAUGAUUCGUGCGGGGCGAGGGAGAGAGAGGGGAAUAAAUGAUAGAGGAACGACAGAGGGACAUUUAGAGACUGAUGGCGCAAACCUUUUAGGCAAACUAAUGCAUCGAACCUGUUACUACCACUGUACAUUCCCUUCUCCCUUUGUACAACAGUGUACUCGUGUGUACCCACCAGUUGGAUUCGUUAUACAGGAUACAUGCCUUCUGCCAAAGUUUCGGUACCUCACCUUUAGGGCGAUGAAUAGUAUUGGAUGUCGAAGAAAUUUUAUUGGGGGUCGUUUCAAUGCGUAUAAUGAAAGAAUAACAAAGACAAGGCAAAGGUAAUAAAAUGUAAUUGAGCACGAGCCGGAGGAUCGCGAACCUAACGGGAAGUAUAUUACCCUCUUUAGUUCCAUCGUUUCAGAAAUAUUUGUUUUAUGUUUUUUUACCAUUCAGGUAAAAUCAAAACGUACAAUAAUUUAAAAAAAUAAUAUUAAGAAUUCUGAUUCUAUACUGUAACCAAAUUCUCAUUGAAAUACUCUAGAAAUAUUUCUUAUGCAAUUCAUGAGAUACCAUAAGCUAGAAGUAAAGUGAGAAAAUGAGCAGUGACCUUUGGGGCCCUGUGAUAAACGAGGCCUUGAGCUGCAGCCCCAAUUAAAGCACGUAUGUAUGUACAUAGGUAUAUAAGGUCUUCCCUGUUAGCCGAGAAGGAAUACACGUGUGUGGCAAUUACUUGCUCGUUCCCGCCUACCUGUUCGACUAGUGCGUGUACACAUAAUUACAGUAGGGAAUUCGCAAUUAUUAAUUUAGCUGAUACACCACAGACCUAUAUGCCGACCGUCUCUUUUGCAGGUGAUGAGAACCAUUUCGGAGUAGAAAUUAAUGUUCAACCUUGUGUACCAUUUAAACUCUUUUAUUACGCAUGGAACAUUGACGCAUUAUGAUAUCGUUGAGAAAUUGCUGUCAAAUAAAUUCAUUUAAGAAGACUAUAAACAUUGUACCACUUUGUAUAGGAACAAAAAAAAAAAACAUGAAAUGGAAGAUCUAACGGCUGUCCGACUUAAUUACAAGUCAGCAUAUGGAGCGGACCCCCGAGUUAUACUCCCCUUUCCUCCCGUAGUAUGAAUAUCGCAUUAAGUCAUGAGUGAGAGAUAACUUCGGGCAGGGGUGUGCCCCAAUGGGAAACUACGAAUUUAAUAGAAUAAUAAAUGGACCCGUCUGCGUAGUCCCAAUACCAUGGGAUGAUAUCGUACGCGAAAGACCGCCAUACGAUAAUUUUGACUUUUUCUUUUUUACCAGCAGUUUAAUUUUCUUCGAUAUUUCUCCGGUACCCAGCGCCGGAUUAAGAGGAGCCCCGGGCCUCUUGUUACAGAAGAAAUUUUAAUUUCUGAACCAGGUUUAUCAACCAAGGUUGAGGGUGAUAGCCCUAAGGCCCCAGAAAUCAUAAUUCAGCCCUGCAGCUGACAAAAACCAGGAUAUAUCCACGCCGUAUUCGUAAUAACAUAUUGGAAAUAUAUGUAAGUAGGAAGUUGACUGGUUCGAACUUUUAUAACAGUAAUCACGAUAAUGGUCGAUAUCGUGGUGGUUCUUUUAAAAAAUGUUAAACUACACAUUAUGGAUCGUAAUAUCACGCCUUACGAAAGAUACAACGUUUCGGAUCGUGGAUGCUGCGUUGUUCGGACGUUCCUUUAUCCGGAUCGAAAUUUUCCUCGUGUAGCCGGAGCAUUAUAGCGGCUUUCUGCGGCCAAGUUUACAAAAUAAACAGAACCGUCCCGUAUAUCCGCCUCGAGGGACGAUCGUCGAGCACGUGCAGUGAAUUUGUUUGAAACGUUGUAAAAAUUUACCAUGGAAGUGCGUAGAAUCUUCUGGAUUUAGCUUCUCAUACGAUAACAAGUGAUCAAACAACUGAACCUACCUCCUCCAAUGUAGGAAGGGGGUUGAAAAAUAUUCUGAAAAGCGUGGGCAACGUUGUUCGCUCUCCGUGCAAUUUUCAGCGCACAGACAACACGAACGGUCAGGGCGCAUGUUAGCACAGUUUACAGAAUAAACACUCACGGUUGGUAGAUCGGAAAGGACGAGGCGAGGAGGUAGAGGCAGCGUCCGUUGUGCACUGAUAACACAAUUAGCUUGUCUCGUCAUGCGCGACCUCUGAUAAGGGAUUCCCUCGUCCUCUCUGAACCAUCAUCUCCCACCAGCCGAAUUUCUCGUCGCUUCUCUAUUUGACCGAGUGCCUCUCUAUUACUCUCGUCCACUUUAGUCGCUCGUCAGUGGAGUAAAUCCAGACGAGAAGAUCCCUUGGGAGUACAUGGCGUUUCAGGGACGCGCGAUAAAGGGGCGAGGGGAUAGUUUAACCCUCUCCUCCUCUGUGCGAGAAGGGACACAACACACGGGGUGAACCGACCCUAACGUUAAUACCUUCCGGCAGGUUUUCUUCACUUGAUUUAUUCCACAGGGGACUGGAAUCGCGUGGCACGGUACGCACGUGCGUGCACACGCACGAUCGUGCCGGUUUUCGCACGAACACCAGCGAAUCCGAGGUACGUCGAAAGGGGGAGGACCUGAUGCUACCGACCGAGAGAUACUUUAACGAAGUCCACCGAUGUCCAGAUCGUGCCCUCACCGACAAAUUUCGCGAGGGAUUAACCCCUGUAUAUAAUAUACUCGUUCACGGGAACACGGGUGUGUUUGGUGAAUCGAGGAAACUAAGCUAAUCCGUUGGUAAAUUGUGGAACAAGAAUUUUUAUUACGGUUGGGGGAAAAUCAGGUAAACGGGUAUUUGUUAACAGGUGGAUGUAAAGACGGUAUAAGUUUAGGGAAUUUUUUCUUGGAUAAACCAAUAAAAUGCAAAAAUAUAAGUUUUGAAUUUAGGUAUCUACCCCGUUGAAAAGUAAUUAAACCAAUUUUGACGUAAAUUUAUACAUAUAGAUUGCAAAACGAUGAUUUCGCUUAAAAAGGAGUAUGUCAGAAAUAUUUUUAACCUAACCUAACCUAAUCUCAUCUGUUGACCAAUCACAAAAAGUUUCUCAAAGGAUAGAUUCCUGAAUUUUAAAUUUGUAUUGUCACCCUCCAUUUCAGAAAUACUUUUCAUUCGCAUAGGUUUCGAUUCAAAAAGUUGGUUUCCCAGAGGUAAAGUUUAGAUAUUUAUUUUUUCUUAAUUAUUAAUAGAAAAUUCGAUACGUCUAUCAGCAGUGAUCUCCGGCGUUAAAAGUCGCGAUAGAGAAAGAAAAAUUCCUUUGAAUGAUUUUUUUGGGGUCAAUCGCGCAUGGUGGUGGCACGAAGGCAAAGGGAGCAUCGUGUCACGGUGGCUGCGAUUGAAGAGAAGAGGCCACCGGGAAGCGGUAGCCAUAGGCGGAGGCGCAGUGGAGCAUAGGGGGUGGCAGCGGUAUACGGUAAUAGCAUAAAUUCGUGGUUGUGUAGUCGGCUCACUGGAUGCCGACAAGGAGGGGGAAGGUACAGGCCAGGAACAGCCCGAGUGUCGGAAGAAACGACAGUCGCCACUCGACGUCUGCAUCGAACGGAAGGUAGCUGCUCUGUGCGUGAACCGUGUAUCCGUUCUUCGAUCCAGAAUAGAAACUGGUUUCAACGUGGAUCAUGAUCCCGAUGAAACCGAUCGCGACGGAUAAACAGCCAUUGAACUGUCGUAGUUCGUACAUUCUAUCACGGAUUCGUGAACGUUGAAAGGUACGCGAAAAAAGGACACUUUCUAUUUUUUACGCGAAUCAUCGUGAAUGUAAUAAACAGUGACAAGUAAAAACGAUAUAACAAUCGAGAAACAUUCUUCGAAGUGCAUCGAUCGUCGGUAAAGGAUCGGUGUGAUUGAUUUUGGAAUAAAGAACUCGUGAUUGUGGCGGGAACGAGAAGAGGGAUUCGAACGUGGCACGAAUGCCAACCGAAAAAAAGAAGAGCCCGUGAAAGUGUCGGUGCGCGGGACAGAAUCGAGAGGACACGUUUACCAGGGCCGACCGAUCGAAUACGAUCUAUCGGUGGAACAGGUGCGAGCCACGUUUCCGUAGCUUGAGAACCAGGUAGCCCUCGGCUGAAGUUAACCACGAAGAAAGGAGACCGUGUGAAACGAGACGCCUCGACACGAGCAAGGAUGUGACCAGAGAAUAGACAGGGUAACAGGAUUUUUCUCGUGCUAGUGACAAAAGUUCUCUGAAUCGGCCGACUUUUGCCUCUAUAAGAAACGCCUCGUGCCUGUGACAGUGAAUUCUUUUUUCUUUCUAACUCCUUCCACGUGUGUUUCUUCGUUUUCGUACCUGACCAGUACGCAGCUGAUCGUUCUAGUGUUGUAUGAAUCGUAAGAAAACUGACGCGUAACGGCCGUGUUUGUUGACAUCGAGGAAAAGUGAUUCGCCAGUUUGUAAAUAGACCAGAGAGGGCGCGAACCACGCGAGAAACCAGGAACGAGGAAAAGAUCACGCUCAAUAGACGUUUCAUCAGAUAACGUCGAAAAAGCUAGUUCGAGACAGGAAUUCGAAUGACGAAUCCGAUGUGCCGAGUUUCGAGGGGAAGGUGACGAGCAGGUUUCAGACGAGAAUCUUCAAGAUAGCUCGAACGAAUCCCGCAAGAAACCUGAAAUAAAGCAAACAUGCUUAUGAUAAGCCAGAGACGAAGGCAUCCCCGUUGGAGGAUGCUACUCACCGUCGUUAUUUUAUCCGACCUCGUUAGGCAUUGCGAACCGAUCUCGACGAAACGGUUAACGGACACCUCCGGUUCAUCAUCAUCAUCCUCCUCGUCGUUGUCGUCGCCGACGUUAUCGAGAAGCAGUUCCUCCGAAACGAGAUCGCAGAAUCUUGGCUCACCGAGCGAUCUAGCUUGGCAAGCAUGGCUGCUAUUGGACUCGCAAAACGGAGGACAAUCCAGCUUAGAUUCCGCCACAUUUCUCCGACGAAUAACACCGAAAAGUGUUUUCAUCGCGCCUGAACUGCCAGCGUUACCACCUUGCCCGGACGGCUACCACGCUGACACGAUGGGCAGAUGCGUGAAGAGCGUGAACAUUGACCAUCAAGCUCAUCUUGGCUUUCUUCUACAACGAUUGAACACCCGAUACGGCAAUCGAGGGGGCAGUUCCGAGUUCCCAUCGCCAAAUAACAAUCCAAAGAAAUCCAGCGGACCGUUGCAAUUAAACAUUCCUCUGUUCUCGCUGGUGGACACCGAGCCGGCCCAAUCGGAUCCCGAGGAAACCAGAGGCUCGUUCAGAUUCCCGAUAAUUGUACCCCCCGAAGAGGAGAUCGAUUCCAACGAAGAGGAAGAACGAUCGAUGGAGAUCGGUACCACUUACGAGACGACGACACAGACGACAACGACCACUCCUGGAACCAGCACGACGUCCGAUCCGACGACCACAUCUGACGCGACCACUUCCGACACCACCGUUUCCGAUACAACAUCUGACGCGACGUCAUCCCAGUCGACGACGUACGGCGACGAUACGAGCACCUACGAUACAACGAUCUACGAAAGCAGCACCUACGAAACUACCGCCUACGAUACGACGUCUUACGAGAACAGCACGGAAAUGGAGAAGGAUGAGACCUCUCCCGAUAGCUUAAACACCACGACCAUUCAAAACGACGUUUAAUCGUGCUACCUUGAUCUUCAUGGGUUCUUUUCAGAAUUUCGAAUUAGCCCUAGUGCCAAUUCGUCUAACGGAGACUCGACGGUUCAAGGGACUCUGAAGUGUCUAACGAGCUGACUUGCUUGGUGACCAGAUAAGCGUUGACUUUCAUGGUGAAAGUUCUUCAAAGAGAAAUGACCGUUUACGGUGAAAUGUUGAAAAAUUAGGAUUCUGAAAUGAUAUACUGAAUCAUUGAACGAUGGUAGAUGACGAAAGGGGUAAGACAGUAGAAGAGUGAUCUAGAAAAUACCAAAGUCUUUUACUGUUAGACUUAGAACAGCCUCGGCUUAAUCACCUUGCCCGGCUUAACUUUUGAAAAAGUUUCUUUUACAACUGUCGCUUUAACGAUAUCAUUUACCAGCGCCGUCCGCAUUUGUAAGUCUAUAUCGCAUUUAUAAUCGAGGAACGUUUGAUUAAUCACACGGCCCACCUUGAACGGAGCGCGUUCAACGUCUGAACUCUUUCGCACGGUGAUACGUGUAUCGUGAUAGACGUACAGAAGGAUACUCGUGUGAUCCAUCUAAUUUUGUAACUGUGUGUCAGGAAUAUCUCUCGUCUUGGUUAUAAGUUUUUAAAGGAAGGCUUUUAUUUCAAAAAUGGGUGAGUUUAAAGUGUUGCCUGUUUGGAAUUUAUAUAAAAGAGUGUUAGAUAAAAAAAAUGGAAUUUCAAGUUAUCUAUCUGCUAUCUUAUACUAUUAGGAUAAUAACACUAAUGGUGAUAGUUAAUUUUCUAAUUACAAAUUUCAAGCUUUCUAUUUGCCACCUUGCAUCAUUAGAAUACUGUUACUAAUAGUAAUAAUUAAUUUUCAAAUUAUAAAUUUCAAGCUUUCUAUUUGUCAUCCUACGUUAUUAGUAUCAUCAUACCAAUUGCCAUACUAGUAAUGUAAGGUAGCAAAUAGAAAGUUUGAAAUUUGAAAUUGUAAAAUUAACUAUUUCAUUGUAAACAAAAUAUCUAUGGUACAUGUAUCGCUAUGCGAAAGAGGCUGUUACUGGUACGGGUGUACAUAUACAAUUUGUACAAACACUUAUGAUGUAGUAAUCGUAUAAUAAUGAUUGUGCUAUAUGAUGUAUACUUAAUUCUAAUUUAUGUAUGAGCAUAAUAACAUACAUAAUUGUACAGUAAGGCAUUGUCCUUAAUCACAUAUUACACGUAGUCGAUUAAACUAUAAGCGGCACUGGUCUCUCUGGAAUUCUGCUCUCCAAGAAGCUGAUCCAGAGAUCUUAUCGAUUAUCAAUUCGACGUAUCAAUUCUUAAGGCCUAGAUUCUUUUUUUUUUCCAAUA